CCACAAUCGUAGUCCACCGCAGGAGUUUUGUGAAUUAACAACAUCAACAAUAUAACCGAGCUUAGAGCCUUUAGCCGCAUCAAUAAGAAACUUAUUUCAAAAUGUUUAACUUCUUUGCAUUAACUGUGAUUCUCGGAGUUGCCAGUGCCAUUGAAUUGCCACUUCUUUCACAUGGACCGGGACCUCUUCUAUCACAUGGACCUCUGCUCUCACAUGGCCCUCUCAUCCAUUCAGCCCCCGCUCUUAUUGCCAAGCCCAUCAUCAAGACCAUCGAAGUUGAAUCUCCCGCGCACUACGACUUCUCAUACUCGGUGCGUGAUGACCACACCGGAGACAUCAAGAGCCAAUCUGAGUCUCGCAAGGGAGACGUUGUCCAUGGCCAAUACAGUCUCGUCGAUGCCGAUGGCUAUCUGAGGACAGUCGACUACACCUCGGAUGCGCAUAAUGGGUUCAACGCCGUCGUCCGUCGUGAUCCCUUGGGACACAAAGUCGUCAAGGCCAUUGCCCCAAUCGCUAAGGUUAUUGCCCCAAUUGCGCACUACCCUGCACCAAUUGCACACUACCCUGCCCCGAUUGCGCAUUACGCUGCUCCCAAAUUGCUGGCCGCUCCUAUUCAUGCUGCCCCAGCUCUGGCUCAUGUAUCCGUGCAUGCACCAUCGUAUGCCUACUCGCAUUAGGUACAAAUAAAUCGACAUCAAUCACCAGUUUUUUGUUGUUUCAUCAUGAUACGCUUGUCAGAAAAGUUAUAAUUUUAAUCAACUCUUCUCUUCAUUACAUUUAUUUCAUCAUUCAUCUACGCAUUUUGUCAACGACUAAAAAAUAGCAACAACAACAACUAUCACCAUCACGACGGACGCAUGCAUCAUAAUUCAUAAUUUUCUGCUACAUCAUCAUAUACAGAUAGGGAAUUAAAAAAGAGGGCUUCAAAUAGAGGUCCCGUGUUGUCUAUGUCACUGUCUUUGUAUGUAGAGAAAGACCCUUAUAGUUAUUAUAAUACUCGUUAUAUUUUGUAAAUAUUUAAAAACAAAAAGAAAUAAUUUUAAUAAAAACGCAAGAAAUGAAAAUAUAUAUAAAUUGUCUA